UCAUCAUAUCUUUCUCUCCCCCCUCUCUCUCUUCUUCGCCCUUUUCACCGAACCCUAACUUUCCCCUUUCCAAACCCUAAUUCUGAACACACUAAAAAUCUCACUUCGAAAUCGAAAACUUCAGCCUACAUUAAAUUCAUAUCAUCGAUUUUUUGAUUAUACGAUGAAUACUCAGCCGAACAAUCUCUACGAUACGGCGUCGCAGCCGGACACCGGGAACGAUGCAUACACAUUCCUCGAAUUCAACACGCAAGGCGAAGAGUUCGAUUAUCCUGAAUUUCAAGAGCUUUCACAGCCAAUUCGAUCGUCAGCGUGGCCUACGCCGUCGGAUUCUCUGGUUUCCGAAGCACCCGAUCGGCCUCCGUCUUCUGACGCCUCUCCGUCCAAAAAAACCCGCGGUGGAAGCGGCGGAAAUGUCUCUGGUGGAGGCGGGAACGGAAAUGUUAUUGGUAGUAGUAGUAAUAAUCAGGCGGCAUCGGUGGUGGUGGAUGCAUUGGCGGCGGGGAUGAGCGGGUUGAAUUUUGAGGAGACGGUGGAUGAUGAGGGUUUUGAGUAUGGAAAGGGGGAUUUUGGUGUUGAGCAUGCUUGUAAGUACUGUGGAGUGACGAAUCCUGCUUGUGUAGUUAGGUGCAAUGUGCCGUCUUGCCGUAAGUGGUUUUGUAAUUCAAGGGGGAAUACUUCGGGCUCACAUAUUGUUAAUCACCUGGUGCGAGCAAAACACAAGGAGGUGUGCCUUCAUAAAGAUAGUCCACUUGGAGAAACGAUUCUAGAGUGCUAUAAUUGUGGAUGCCGAAAUGUCUUUCUUCUUGGUUUCAUUUCUGCUAAGGCAGAGAGUGUCGUUGUUCUCCUCUGUAGGGAACCUUGUCUUAGUGUUAAUGCAUUGAAGGAUAUGAACUGGGACCUAAGCCAGUGGUGCCCGCUCAUUGAUGACAGGUGCUUUUUGCAGUGGCUUGUUAAGGUCCCCUCUGAGCAAGAACAGUUGAGGGCGCGCCAGAUCAGUGCUCAACAAAUCAACAAAGUAGAAGAAUUGUGGAAGACAAAUCCAGAUGCUACCCUGGAAGAUCUUGAGAAGCCUGGUGUAGAUGAUGAGCCUCAGCCCGUUGCCUUGAAGUAUGAAGAUGCCUAUCAGUAUCAAAACAUAUUUGCACCAUUGAUCAAGCUCGAAGCUGACUACGACAAGGUAUGUCAGGUUUUGAAGAUGAUUUUACAUGCUGAAGCGUGAGUGCGUCAAUGAAUACUG